AUGAGGUUGCGACAAACCAUCCGUGCCCCCUCACGGUAUGAAGAUGAAUGUGAGCUCUCUACUGGUGUUUCUCCGCGACGAUUGCCACGGCGCAGAAAAGCAGCAGCAGCAGUAGCAGAGGAAAGGGCAAUAGCUUAUGUUGACUACAACCCGAAUCAACCUCCUGCCGCAUUUCCCACCCUCGACCACCCGCUUCCCGCUGGGCAGACUUAUCAUUCUCCUACCACUACUGCGUCAACUUCUGCUGCUGCUGCCGCCGCUGCCAGCGCCAAUCGUGCUACUGGUGAUGCUGAUCACGAAGCUGACGGACAUCAUCUAGACGCUUUCGAUUCGCUUUAUCGUGGUAUCCCUCCAGCAGAGCUCGACAACUUCAUCGCGAGUAAUGGCCCCCAAAAUCCACAAUAUAAGAGGAACAUGGCGCUCCCGGCAAGAGAGGACGAUAACUUCGAUUUCGAGAUUAGUGAUGACGAUGAUGAGCAACAGCCACCUGGUAAUGACGCUGCUGGCGAACAGUGGAUUCACCGUGAAGAACCGAUACCCACCAAUCCGCAGUGGUCCGAUAUUUCAUCGAGUCUACAAAUAGAAAUUGCGGAAAACAUGUUAGAGACUCAUAGGCUGUCCACAAUUCAGCUCCUGCUUGGCCUGAACCAGUGUGAUACUGAUCAACUAACGCUCAAUCUCAACAUGAAGAAGGAAGAUCUCGAAUAUGAAAAUCGUAUUCUCGAGGAAAUGCGCAACAAGCAGCUGCAGGCUCUGAUGUGUCUUGAUAACUCUGAUCUGAAACAGCACUCGGUACCAGCGCGGCUUGUCAUGUCGAGGAAAGUGUGGAAUCAGUGUCAUCACAUGAUUCAAAAACAGUCGAAGAUGAGGUAUCUGUUUUGCCAAGCUAGAGAUCUUUUGCUAGCACAAAAAUUCUUGUCGAAACGAGGUCUACCUAUGAUAUAUGCUGGCGAUUGGGACAACCAAUUUGUUGCGACCCCAUCGAUAUCAAACACUGCAGGUGUUCCUGAAACGUUACAAUGGAAAUCGACUGCAGAAUCACAAUCAAAUUCAUCUGCCGCGGCCGGAAGUACAGAGCUGCUGCCAGGAAACCCGCUUCACUCGGCCACUGGAACACAAACUGGUGUCCAGGGCGCAUCUCCCGCCACCGUCAAUGGUCUGCCGAUUGUACGAUUAGCAUCAACCCAGCUUUCUAAUCCGAUGCCUCGAGCUAGCACUCAGCAAACUUCUAACGAGCAACAGCUAGUCUUACCAAAUCAAGCCCUUGUGCAUCUCAAGAUCGGCCCCAGAAAUGCAGCUCGUAUACAUAUAGAUCAACCGGCAAUGCGAUCUCGUCGACACAUGGAUAUGCUUCUUGCUACUCCUCGACCACAAGUUAGAGAGCCAAACAGCGAUGAUACAAUCGAAGAAUCACCUUCCGGAUCAACUGGGCUCGAUGGUAUGCAUCAUCAGUAUUCAAUGCCGGUGCGUCGCAUGUUUGGCUCCUGGUCAACAGGCCUGUCUCAACUACAGCCACCGAAACCUUCACUUCCGACAAGGCCACUUACUGGAAGCUUUAAUAGCAUCAUUCAUCCUGAGGAUAACCACAUUCGACUCCCGAAGCUGGAUGUUGAAAUGUGUCUUGCAACUCCUAAGUCCUAUCGCACUGCCGUCAGUGAGAGGCAGUUACAGUCGAGCAUUUCAGCAUACCAACAAUCACCAAUGCCUCCAAGUGAUGAUGCAGAGUUUGAGGAUUCGGGAUCUGCAUCUGCGUCCUACUCGAGUUCAGACGCGACAGUUAUGGAGCCGAAGAAGGAACAGAGGACUAUACAAGCGGAGACUGAUGUCUUUUCUCCCUCCAAGGCUAUGAAAGGUCUGAAUCUUUUACCUUCUGUAUCUUUGAAUCCAAUAGAGACAGCGAAGAGACAGCCAGCCGAAGUCAGUAGCUUCGUAGCACAGCCGGAGACCAACACGAAUCGCCUGCCCGAUGAAGCACUCCAAGGGACUAUAAAUUCAUUCAAAAUGCUCCAACCAUCCAAGCCCACCAAGCAUACUAAGCCCCUUUUUGGCUUCGAUAGGUUCGAGAUUCACACAGACAAUCAGAAAGCGACCCAAAAUGCCAACAUCAGCCAACAAAACCAGCCAUAUCCAUCGACAGGUCAAGGACAGAUAUCAGUGGAUACAAUCGACACAUCCCGGGACGAGAGUUCCGUGAUGACUGACAAGUCUGCAGUUGAAGUGUCCGAGCCGCCUUCCACAAACGCUGAAACUGCUAAUGCGGCCAAACCAGAGACCAAAGACCUCCCCAGUGAUCACCUCUCGCCUAUUUCCGCCAACGUUGCUGCGGAUGGAACGCCGUCGACUCGAAAGACGCGUCAGUCGACGAGGAAGCAAACCACGGGCACAAAGCGAGAUGCCAGCACUGAAAUUAAAACAACGCGGCCAAAGCGAGGCAAGAAUCUUGUUACGUCUCCCAAUCUCAUUACCAAUCAGGCCGCUACUCCAACUUCAAAUCCCCCUGUCACUCGUGGACGAGGACGACCUCGCAAGCAUCCAGUCCAAUAA